GUAAUUUAAAAUACAUACAUUGACUGACCCUGUGAUAUUCAAUUUCUUUAGCCACAUUCUCAUGUUUAUUUUUUCCUUUUGAGUGAUAAAUGCAAUUUGUGAGUCUCAUUUGGAAUCCCAUUAUUUCUAAAUACUUUAUAGAAUAGUGUCACGUGCCAGAAAUGAAAGAUACUCAAAUCUUCAAAAUUUUAACUUAAAUUUGUGAAAAGCAUGACACUGAUUUAAAGGCUUCCAUGACUUAAUGUUGAAGGGGAAAAAAGGAUUUCAAAUAUUGUUUCUUACCGUGUCAGAAUGUGCUCGUCCCUUUAACAAGCGGCUUUCUUAGUAAGUACAAUUCUCGGCGAGUAGAUGUAACAAAGAGAGGAGGUCACACUUGUUACUUCCUCACUCAGCCAACACUUGGUUGUAAAAUCAUCUUCGCCGCAUUUUAAGGUAUGUAUUGAUUAACAUAGCUUCAAAACGGGUGAGGUAGUGUUAAAAAGGAAGUUUAUUUUGUCUUUUGAAAGGCUUCAUCUGACUGUAUUAGUAGUCGUGUGUGUGCGAGAAACAAUAAUCAUCACUGUCAUUUACAGUAUUUGCUCAACUCAUUGGACGCACAUCAGGUGAAGGAAAUUUAGUAUGGUGCUUAUAUAUGGAUUGGCUUUAACCUAAUCUUUGGUGUUCCUGAAGGAUGAUGAGGAAGGCAUUUGUUUGUGUUGACGCCAUAAUUAUCAAUAUUCCUAUUGGAAAGGACAGUGAAGGACUUGGCCCGGUGAUGCCGAAAGAGUUUCAGUGCGUCUUCCGAGACUCUUUCAAAGUUUUUACUUACUAUGGCUACCCAAAACCUCUCGGGGCAGCACAAUUCCUUGCUGGGGUGUUGAUUGCCAUUCUCAGCGGGCUCAAUCAGACAUAUGUUAACUUGCUCGUCAUCUUUUCCAACACCCCGUUUUUGCUCGGUGGAAUGCUGACCUAUGCAGCAGGACAUGUUCGCAACAUUCGUGUGAUCAAGGUAUCAUUCUGUCUGAACAUUAUCAGCUUCCUGUGGUCCAUUGUCUUGCUUUGUCUCACCAUACUCAACCACAACUUAUUUCAGGAUGUUACCUUACAAGAGUUCAAGUCGCAAACAGGAAUGAAAGCAACCAUUGGGAGCCUGUUAGCAGCAGAAAGUUUGAUGGCCUUAUUUCUAAUCUUGUGGCAGAGUAAAGCUGUGUGCAGACAACAUUUCAACACUCUGCCUAUUGUUCAGCUGAAACUAGAAGACUAAACAGGCUGACGCAAAUGAAUAAACCGACAAGAUCGACUGACUGAUUUUUUUCCUUAGCACAUCACUGUUGUUUACCCUCAAAUGUACAAUUUCUGAACGUGUGAGCCACACUUUAAUCAUAUUUUAUUGUUUAAUAAUUUCAUGGAAAUGUUCACAUGUUCAUACAUAUCACUUUUAUAGGACUAGUUUACAUAAAAACAGAAUUCCCUUGUACUGCAUAAUUAAUUUGGCUUUUAUUCACAUGUUCCUCUUAAUUAUUUCUGCUUGUGUUGUCGACAUAAAAAUAAAACACAUAACCACAACAAUUCACACCUACAUACAAUUUAGUCUUCAAAUAAAGUACUAUGAAUGUUUUUUGGGCGUGUGGAAGGAAUCUGGAGUACCUAGAGAAAACCCACUCACCACGAGGGGAGACCAUGUAGACUUAACACAGGAAGACCCAAGUCUGAAUUUGAAACUCCAGGCCUGAUACCUGCAUUCAGUGCACAGUAAUAUACAGUGUACUGCAGUUUUUGAGAGAUGCUUUUGGUGUUUCUUUUCCAAAAUCUUUUAUAUUCAAAUGUUGUACGCAUAUUCAUAACAUUGUUUUCAUGUUCUCCGUAUUGCUUUAAAAUACGACUGUUAGUACAAACCAGUGUUUCUCAGUUAUUUUCUGCCACCCCCACCACAAGACACAAACGUUU